UAGUAACAUUUCAUGUUUCCCCAAAUAGUGAAGGUUUUGUGGUGUGUGUUGGGUUGCGAUGUCGGAUAUAGGAAGUGGCGAUGAAGGUUCAAGUUCGCAAAAAUAUCAUCAGGGAAUGGAACAGGGAAGUGAAUAUGAUUCAGGUCAGCAGGGGCAGGUUGAGCAAGAGUUGGCAACAAAGAUGUUGCAGAUACAAAGUAAACGUUUUUACUUAGAUGUCAAACAAAAUCGAAGAGGACGUUUCAUCAAAGUGGCAGAGAUUGGUGCUGAUGGAAGACGUUCGCAAAUAUUUCUUGCAUUAUCAACGGCUGCCGAGUUCAGAGAUCAUCUCUCUGCCUUUAGUGACUUCUACUCAUCUCUCGGACCCCCUAACCCGGACAAUGUACCGGAAGAUGGCAAGCUGAAAAGUGAAAUGAUGAUAAAAGAUAAUCGCCGAUACUAUCUCGACUUGAAAGAGAAUUCCAGAGGACGUUUUCUAAGAGUUUCUCAGACGAUAACCAGGGGUGGACCACGCAGUCAGGUGGCCAUUCCAGCCCAAGGCAUGAUUGAAUUCAGAGAUGCUUUAACUGAUUUGCUGGAUGAAUUCAGUACUGAUGAACAUGCUUACAAACCUGACUUACCAGAGGGCCGACAUAUGCAUGUUGAUAAUAAAAAUUUCUAUUUCGAUAUAGGUCAAAAUAAUCGCGGUGUCUAUAUGCGCAUUUCCGAAGUAAAAACAAAUUUCCGAACAGCUAUUACUGUACCUGAAAAAAGCUGGCAGAGGUUCAGAGAUAUCUUAAGUGAUUACUGUGACAAAAUCAAGCAGCCAUCACAAGCCUCUGGAGGAGGUAUAUCUUCUCAAGAUCAACCACAUCCUUUGCUGAUUAUUUUCAGGUUGGCAAUAACACCCAACAAGACUCUGGGACAAGUUUAAAGUAGGCUAGCUGGCCAUUUUAGACUAUUAGAUUUAUUAAUAUAACAAAUUAUAAAAUUGGAUAGGUGCAGGAGUCGAUUUUUCAUCCCACCCACUUUUCCCUUUCAAUUUAUAAAUGUGUGAUUUUUGAAUGUCAAGAUGGAAAAUUGACACCUGUCUAAAUACUGAUCAGUUCAAGGAGUUGGUUUUUUUGUGCAGUGUUGAAAACACUAUAAAUGUUAGAUUCUCUAUUAUAUGUUACAAAAUGAUACUAAAUUAUUUAUUCAGUUGUUUUAAGUUGUUACAAUAGUAAGAAGCUGGUUUUUGACUUUUGGGUAAACUGUAGUCAAGAAGAAAGCAUAUCAAAGACCUAAUUUUUCCAUUUUUAGUAAUUAUGAGGAACCUGUAAUAAUUAUAGGUUUGUUAUAUUUAUAAAAAUAUAGCCAACUGCCGUAAUAUUAAGAUAUGUUUUUGCAUUUUUGCAAAUGAUGUAUAUUUAUGCAAUAUCUAGGCUAUUGUUUAUUCAGAAGAUUUUAUUUUUUGUUUCAAGGUUUGAUGGGCACCACUUUUACCUUGUGAUCAUCAUAUAACAUGACAGCAUGAACACUGUCUCCUAGCUCUGUGAUUGUUUUAUCUUUAUAAACAUGUUUUAUAUUUUAUAAUGUUGAUUUUGUUACAGUAUGUAAAAUAAAAAUUAACCGCAUCUA